CACACACACACACACGCACGCACACACACACACAGAGCAGCAGGGAGAAGCUGUGAUGAUGUCCUGUCAUGCUGGAGGAGCAGGAGGAACAUGACAACAGCAGUGGAAAACAUAGUUACUUUGACAAUGAGUUCUAUAGUGCCAUCAUGGACGAGGACUUAGAGCGUAUCGAUGAUCUGUCAGAAAAGCACGGGAGCAACAUUUGCAUCCAGGUACGACACGGAGCACAUGGGAGGAUUUUCAUCAAGGGCCUGAAGAUCCUCCCUCUUCACCUGGCUGCCUGUUACCGACGAGUGAAGAGCAUGCAGAGCCUCCUGUCAUCAGGAGCUGACCCUGAAGUGAGGGACCAGCUCGGUCGAACCACGUUACACCUGGUGAUCACCAGCUGGCCGAGGAUCCCCAAGACUUCGCCCAAACCGCAUUCCAAGUCGCAGCCCGCUGCGAUCAACACUGUGCAUGGGAACGCGGAGGCCUGUUUACGGCUCCUCUGUGAACAUGGUGUCGACAUCAGCGCAAAGGUGGAGGGAAAGCGUGAGGAGACGGCUCUCCACCUCUCAGUACGUUGCGCCGCACAGUCUGCCGUCCAGAUUCUCACCAGCUAUGGUGCCAAUGUCAACGCGGUGGACAAGAGUGGGAUGACGCCCCUGCAUAUGGCCAGCGGGACCCUCCAUAAGGACAUUAUAGCCAGCUUAAUCAAGCAGGGAGCAGAUAUCAACAAGGCAGUGGAGCACACUGGAAACACUGCCCUGCACCUUGCUGCUGUGGCCACAGCUAUGAAAACCACCAACACACUGGAAAACGACAACAGCUGUAUCACUGCGCUGCUGGAACACGGAGCCGAGCCCAACACCGAGAACAAGGCCGGGCUUACACCCGUACACGAGGUGUGCAGCAUGGGCAACAAGGAGCUGGUGGACCUGCUGCUCAGAUACGGAGCCAACAUCGAUAAGCCCAGCCGCGCGGGGGAGAACUGUCUGUUUCUGUUCCUGAACCACAGGCCUAACGUGAGCAACAGCUCGCUGCUGGUCAAACUCCUCAGCCUGACAUCUCCGCUCACCCUCUACAACCACAACGGUCACCUGCCGUCAACACUGACACUGCCCUGUUUCUUCAAGCAGCGAGAGCAGCUACUGAAGCUCAGCCAGCAGCCGCGGAGACUUCAGGAUAUUUGUAAGAGACAUAUUUAUCUGAAACAUGUCCGAGAUGAGGGAAGGGAGUUGAAAGAAAUGCUGCCAGAGAGGCUGUAUGACUUUGUCUUCACCUGCUGGGAGAACAUUCACGACAUCUCCUUUGUGAGUGAAGAUGAACAAGACUCUUUGAGUCACAUAUUUGAAGGCACUCCGAGCUGAGACCUCAGGUACGACAGAAACUAACCAAAUACUAUGUAAGGGCGGCGUGUGUUACCUUCAGGUCUCGAUGCAUGAUUCCUCUGGAGUGAAUGUAGUCCACCCCUUCAAGUAUGUUCCUCAACAGUCUGAGUGUGUGUUCGACAUCAACACAUCCAUACGGACCUGCAAGUGGAUCCCAGGAGUGUUAAAAGAUUUGACACAACUACCACAACUUCAGUAUCAGUAUUGUUCCGAUAUUGGUUAAAGUCACUGGAUUGGAUAUCCGACAACAAAGAAUAAUGUAUUGUUGAGUUGUCCUUUAACAGUGUUAGAAAUAUACAGUAUGAUUAUCUUAUUUUAACUAUGACAAACGCUCAACAUUGCACAUUUUACCAGUUGCUAGUCAAACUGUGUUGACCACUAAGCAUUAUUAUGUCAUCAUUUGGGAAUAAAUAUUCUUUAUUUUGGACCCAG